AUGAUGGAAGUAUCUACUAUUAUUGAACAACAAUGUGCUCUUAUCAAAGAUCAAGGAACAUCGGUCACCAACGAUCAAUUGAAAACUUGUUUGGACAACAUUGUUAUCGAAUUGAACCAAGACAAAAUGAAGACUAAUGUCGCAACAAUACAACAGAUUGUCUCAUCAAUUUCAUUUCGACUGAAAAAUGAUCAAGCAUUCUAUGAAGCAAAACUUGUUGAUCAUCAACUCUUUUUGAUCAUUCGUGAUUAUUAUCUUGAUAUUCUACGUCGAUGGCGCACUGGUCAAGUACUCGAUCCAAUGUUAGGCCAAGUUUUCACUCAAAUAGCUAUUCUAUUUGCGGAAUUAUGCUUCCAUGCUACUGAUGCUGAUGUUGAUCUAUUGAAACAAUUGUUAAUUCAUGAAUCACUCAUUAAUGAAAUUUGUGCAUGUCUCAAGGACAUCGCUACAAGUGGUAAACAUUUGCAGGACCAACAUGUCAAAGCAAUUGAUUAUACUGUUCGAGCCAUUCAUUAUCUUGGGAAAGGUCGAAUAGAUAUUCAGAGUAUGGCAAUGUUUUGUGAGCUACACGAUAGUAUUGUUAAUUGUGUAUGUUCGAAUUAUUUCGCAUCUAUGUUUAAACAAAUAGCUGAACUCGAAAAACUCAACGAAGCACAAACAUUUUUACUCGAUACUUGUACUGAUUAUAUCUGCUGGCACGAUGCUGGUCAUUAUAAUGAUACUUGUAUAGCCAUUCGAACUGCUCUAUUAAAUAUUUUUACUUGUUGGUUUCAGGAUCAGCUUUUAUCUUUUCACAAAUUGAGUCGAGUGGCAAUUCAAGUUAUUGGUCAACUUUGUAUUACAUUGAUUGGAGGAAAUGCUAGCGAUGAAGAACUCUUUCCUCAACCAAUUCGUGAAGAUUAUUGUAAAAUGAUCGAUCAAAUAUCUUCCAUAUUGAAUACAAUCAUGGAAUCUGAAACAGUUGAUGAAAUAACAAAAGCUUUAAUAAGAGUUCUUGCCCAAAAUUUGUAUUCUUUGACGAUGACAAAUGAUUUACGAACAUAUAUAAAAAGUAAAAAUAUGAUUCCGUUGUUGUUAAAAUUAACUAAUAUUGAAGAUGAAACAAUACAAUUUCAUGUUUAUCGUAUAUUGGCUUCAAUUAUGACUGAAGAAGAUAUGAAAACAUUGACCAAUUCGACUAAAAUUGCUAAUGUCUUUCUUGGAUUUCUUAUUAAUCUGAUCGAUGAUUCCAGUAUGAUACCACGAUUUCAUAAUUUACUUCGUAGUCUCAAGAUCUUGGUUCAGCACGAUCAAAUAAAAGAAGAAUUGACAAAACAAGGGGUCUUACCUCUUCUUCUUCGUUGUGUAACUGAGUCGAAAUUCGAUCUUAUUAAAGUUCGACUAUCAGCAUUAGAAAUUCUUCUUGCUCUAACAUUCAAUGAUGAUGCUGCACGUCAACUCAAAAAUAAUUCUGAGUUCAUAUCAAACUUGAAAACAUUGGUUACUUCAUCCACUAAUCGACAUUUACAGAGAGUAGCGGAAAAUCUUCUGUGGAAAUUGGAAAUAGAAGAAACAGCCAUCACAAAAUCACAUGGAAUAUCAACGAUAUCCCAUGUUGCUUCGAAGAAAUAUGAUAUUAUGUUGAGCUAUUCGCAUAGUGACAAAGAGUUGUGUUAUCGCAUUCACGAUUGUCUCGUCAAAGAUAACUUUCGAGUGUGGAUUGAUCGUGAUCAAAUGCAUGGACAAACGAUGGUUGCCAUGGCUACUGCUAUUGAAAAUUCAUACUUCGUAUUUUUAUGUAUGUCAGAAGCAUAUAAACAGAGUGCCUAUUGUCAAUCCGAAGCCCAUUAUGCCUUUGAACGUCAAUGUUGUCUGAUUCCAUUAGUGAUGAAGUCGGGUUAUCGACCAGAUGGAUGGCUGGGGAUUAUCGCUAGUGGAAAGAUCUAUAUCGAUUUUUCUAAACUUGGAUUUGAUGUUGCCUAUGAAAAAUUAAAAAAUGAGAUCAUUCGAUAUCGAACAAACCAAGUCCAAUCGACUUCAACAAAGAAGUCGUUUCGACACGACUUGGAUGUGAAAACAAUAAACCCACCCGUCAAGUCAGAUGAACAAUAUCCACUAAUCGAGGACUAUCCACAUUGUAUUAAUCAAUGGACAACAGAUCAUGUUCGAUCAUUUCUUAUUAACGAAAAACUCGACUGUCUUCUUCCAGUACUGGGAAAUAUGAAUGGACGUCUUCUUCAUGAAACCCAUAAAAGAUGCAAAGCACAUUGGGAUCUAAUGUUUCAAACUUUUAAAGCUGAAGUAACAGCUGACAAUCAACAAAAACUUCUGACUAUCGACACCUACAUACGCUUUCUUGAUGUAAUCGAAAAGUAUAUACCAAUCGUACCCAAUGACAAAUCCAAGCCUUCAACAUCGUCAUCAACAUUUUGUACUCUGAUUUAG